AUGGAUAUUAUCAAGGGAAACCUAGAUGGAAUUUCAAAACCAGCCUCAAUUUCAAGAACUCGUCUUGGGAGUAGAGCUUCAAAUUGUUCUUUGGAGGUGCUCAGCCCAGAACCAGUGCCAUUCAAGGUUGAUACAGUAAUAAAUAAAAACUCUGGUAAAGAAGCCCACUCAAAAAGCAGUAGUAUGGAGGAAAGUGGAAAUAGUAAUGAUGAUAAAGAUGAGAACCAUUCUGAGAAACUAAAAUUGACUGAAGAGGUAUCAGAUGAAGACCUGAACUUGAAGCAACAUCAGAAAAACUCUGAGUAUUCAGAUGAAUCCAAAUUAAUAGACCCUCAACUUCAAGAAGCUAUUCACAAGAUGAGGAGACUAGAUAAAAUACUGGUGAAGAGACAGUACAGAGAAAAAGAGAUUAAGAAGCAAAGUGCAGAAUUGAGAAUAAAGCUGUGGGAAGAACUGAAGUCUGCAAAAAAUAAAGAAACUUUACAAAGUAACGAAGAGAUAGAAAAUACAAAAAAGUUCCUAGCUUUGACUGCGGCAUCAGAAGACAAUGUUGGUUCUUCAGGUUAUGAAUAUGAAGAUAGCUUUUGCACAGUAUUUCACACACAGCUCCCUCCUGAAGAAUAUGAAAAGCAUAUUCAGAAUGUUAAUCCAGAUUUUACCUAUGAUGCGGCAAGGAAUCAGUCAUUGAUCAAAGCAGGAAAGAAACCUUUCUCAGAUACUGAAAAGAUUGGGCUCAGGGACAAAGACAGCCAGGAUUUUAUUAAGCGAAACAUUGAGUUAGCUAAAGAUUCAGGAAACCCAGUGGGUAUGAUUGACAAAGAGAAGAAAAGACUGAUUGAACUUCUGAAGGACUUCGAUGAUAAAGAUUCAGGCCUGUCCAGUUCUGAAGGUGAUCAGUUGUCCAAUGGACUGGUCCCAGGAGAAGGUUACACGCUUGAAGAUCCCCAGCACCAGCAGCUCGCUGAAAUUGAUACCAAACUCCAAGAACUCUCCGUGUCUUUUUCUCCAAGAUAUGAACAUCAGAAUGAUCAGCAUCCUGACCUUGGUGAUGAUGGCAGAAAUAUGGAAAUCACUCCAGGGGAGAAGGUACUUCGAGACAUCAGGGAGCAACGGGAUCAGCAACAUCGUCUGAGAGAGAUUGAUGAAAAAUUAAGAAAGAUGAAGGAGAAUGUGCUAGAUUCAACAUCACUUCUCUCUGAGGAACAGUUAAGGUAUCUUUUGGAGGAAUGCACAGUCCAAGAAAAAUCUAUAGUCCAAUUUUCUUCAGAAAGAGAAAAGGAAGCCAUGGAGGAUGGAGUACCCAAGUUACCCUUGCUGUCAAGAUCUGCCCUCUCUGAGCUACUUAAUGGGUCAGAAGUUCGGAUCAGAAGCACUGAGGUAGAGGUCGCAGACAAGAGCACAGAAGAUGCCUCUGUCGGCUACUAUCUCACCAAAGCCUUGACUGGGUGUUCCAUUUCACCAACUCUAGCCAUCGAAGCCAAGAACAUGGAAUGCCUCCAGUUUUCCCAGGAUGAAGUUACUGCUGACACAGCUGACUAUUUUAUGUUGAAGACUCUUGGCAUUGGGAGACUGAAAAGGCCCUCUUUCUUGGAUGAUCCACUGUAUGGUACCAACACGAACCUUUCAUCUGAAGACCAUCAUCUGAACCCAAGUUCUCCAGACACACCCAAACCAGAUGAACAGGGGACUGAAGAUGUCAUAAAAGAACGUCAAGAAUCUGAAACAAAAACUUGCUGGGUGUGAUUCUGAGAAAGUUGGUAACAAGUAAAAC